CCACACUCAACAGGCAGGAAUACGGAUAGGCAAACAGCCUACGAGCGGAGUACUGCUUAGACUGAAUUGCAGACAACAACUACCGCCUAUCAGCUGGACAGGGACGUUUCUGAGUGUUUUGCUGCGCCACAUCUAGUUUGGUGUUUACGCUUUGGACUUCGCUUGGAUUCACGGACUUGUAGCCUACACUAAUGUAGGUUAAUAGUUUUAGCGGUGUAUGUGACGCGACUUAUUUCCUUUACCAUUGCUGAUCAAUUUCGGUUUGUUUUUCUCUGGGUUUGUUGCGCAUGAGUAACUUUCCCCUUGAAACUUCUAUGUGACUCUUGGAUUGGACUUUCUAUUGCUAUUAUGGCUGAGGCAGCCCAGCGACAGUUAGUGGAUAUCGACCCGGAUUUCGAGCCCCUUUCCCGGCCCCGGUCUUGUACUUGGCCCCUACCACGGCCGGACUUUAGCAACCCGGCUGACUCCAACACAUCCUCGCCAGCUCCCUCCGUCAAACAGGAGCCCACCAACAAUGCUGACUUCAUCAACAAUCUCAGCUUGUUAGAAGAGAAUGAAGACUACCCAGAGCAGAAGCCCCUGGGCCUGUGCAGUGACUUCUCAUGUCAGGAGAACUGUAUCCAGACUCAUCCACAUCAACAGCAGCAGCAGCUGCCGAGCCCACAGAUAGCGCACCAGCAACAGGUGCCCCUGCUCUCCUCUCCGGUCGGCUCGACCUCGUCGGUGGCGGCGGCCGCUGCUGCCGCUGCUCAGCGGAAGAGCAGCUCGUCUCGCCGUAAUGCCUGGGGAAAUAUGUCUUACGCUGAUCUCAUCACGAAGGCUAUCGAGAGCUCCCCGGAGAAGCGCCUCACCUUGUCGCAAAUUUAUGACUGGAUGGUGAAGAGUGUCCCUUAUUUCAAGGACAAGGGUGACAGCAAUAGCUCCGCCGGUUGGAAGAACUCCAUUAGGCACAACUUGUCCCUGCACAGUCGUUUUGUGCGCGUGCAGAAUGAGGGCACCGGCAAGAGCUCCUGGUGGAUGCUGAACCCUGAAGGGGGCAAGAACGGCAAGUCACCCCGCCGACGCGCUGCGUCCAUGGACAACAACAGCAAGUUCGCCAAGAGCCGAGGGAGGGCCGCCAAGAAAAAGAUGGCUCUGCAGGGUGGGCCUGAGGGUGGUGCAGACAGCCCCGGCUCCCAGUACAACAAGUGGCCUGGCAGCCCAAACUCGCACAGCAACGACGACUUUGACACAUGGAACGGCUUCCGCCAGCGCACCAGCUCCAACGCCAGCACCCUCAGCGGGCGCCUGUCGCCCUUCAUGCCCGAGCAGGAUGACCUGGGCGACGGCGACGUGCACAUGGUGUACCCGGGCGGGCCCGGCACCAAGAUGGCGGGCACGCUGCCGAGCCUGUCGGAGAUGGCCAGCUCUCUGGGCCACCACCCGCACCACCACCACCACAGCUCGGAGAACGUCAUGGAGAACCUGCUGGACAACCUCAACCUGCUCUCCCCGAACAACGCGUCGCAGGUGGGGCCGGCGGGGACCCCAGGGGCCCCAGCUUCAGCCCAGGGCUCCGCACAGUCCUCCCCGUCCCCCAUGAUGCAGGGCAGCCCCGGGUACCCGAGCCCGUACAGCUCCCCGAGCCUGGGUGGCAACGGCGGCAGCCAGCCCCAAGGGCCCCAGGAGUACCGCAAGUGCCUGUACGGCCAGGCCAGCAUGAACUCCCUGUCGCCCAUGCCCAUGCAGCCACUGGCCGAGAACAAGGCCAGCAGCUUUGGGCCGGCCCUGGGCCAGUUCGGCUGCCCGGCCGGGCUCCUCAAGGAGCUUCUGACGUCCGACAGCGAGUCCCACGGGGAGCUCAUGCCCUCGGUGGACACGGUGGUGACCCAGUCGGGCGGCAACGGCGGGGGCGCCGGAGUGCGCAUGUUGCCCCCUUACAGCAGCGCCGGCGGCGCCGGUCCGGUCCAGCACGGCCGCUCCGAGCUCAUGGGCGGAGGAGGUCAGCAGCACGGCAGCCACGCCCUGCCUCCACCGCACCCGCACGCCCACGGCGUGGUGCACAACCAGGGACCGCCGGCCCCCGUGGCCAUGAACGGCCGCCCCAUGCUGCCCCAUGCCAACAUGAGCCACAACUCGGUAGGUCCUGCCGGACGCCUGGGCACCGUCAAGACCUUACCCAUGGCCUUCAACCCGGCCGCCCACCUGGGAGGCGGCAUCGGCGGCGGUGGGCCUCUUACCUACUGCACCCUCCACAGCCCCAACGGUUACGGCGGGGGACGCCCGGGCCCCCUGCUCCACCACCCGAGCCAGCACAUGCACACGGAGAAGCUGCCCAGCGACCUGGACGACAUGUCCAUCGAGCGCUUCGAGUGCGACGUGGAGUCCGUCCUGCACGACACGCUCAUGGACGGCGACUCGCUGGACUUCAACUUCGAGCCGGUGGUGCCCCAGCAGGGUUUCCCACACGGCGUCAAGACCACCACGCACAGCUGGGUGUCCGGCUAGAGAGGAGGCCAGGGGGAGCAAGGGCCGCACUCACACUCGCUCACAGCUCCAAUCCAUAUGCAUCUCAGAAUGGAACAUGGCAAGCCCACGGACGCCAUCCUCAUCCACCCAAAGAUGCUGUACCCAAACUCCUCUGGUCGCUCAUCAAAAGCCCUCGGCAGCUUUGGCUGUGGCUGCUCCCAAGCACAUUCAGACAUUCAUUCAUUCAGGUUCCGGAGGACACUUCGUCUUUUCAUUUUUUCGCCACUGUACCACGUUGUCGCAACCAAGUGCCAAACUCUUAGCCUUUGAACUUCAGAGCCAAAAUUUGAUGUGCACUGUCGAUGCUGCCUUCUUAUUGCAGUUGAUGAUUCAUAGAACCAGUGGAUUACACUCUGAUGAGUGUUGUUUUUUGUCGUUUUUACAACUGCAACACACAAACUAAUACAUACAUACACACACACACACACACACACACACACACACACACACACACACACACACACACACACACACACACACAAACAAACAAAAUGCACACAAAUGCCUCCUGAAGACACCAAUGUCUCAGUGGGAUAAUUUUUUAUUGAUUGAUAUAAUAGCUGAAAGAUUUGCUCAGAGGCCUUGCUCACACCAGCUCUUAAAAUCACCCACAGUGCCGCAGGUCUGCAGCAAGCACCCGCUGAAAGAACAUGAGAUACCUGUCUGAACAUUUAGCUCUCUAGUCGGAACUCUCAGCCGAUUGUUCCCUUCAUGAAACCCCUCUAUCUGCCCACCCUCCGUUAGGAAUUUCAUUCGAGUCAGGGCCUUUGUGGUGUAGUGAGGAAUCCCCCGGAGGAAUGGCCACAGGAGUCCCAGAGUUUGAGGGCUUCCGGAAGGAGAACUGGAAUAUGGAGGGUGUUUAGGGUUAUGUGUCACUGCCCAGGGCUCUGUUUUUCUAGAAAACCCAGUUAUACUGUGUCAGCCUAAAAGGGUAGCCGAAGAUGGGCCAGACCAAGUCGAUGUCUCUUGGGGAGGCCUCUCAAACUACAGUAUGUCAUGACACUUGUUUUUUUUUGUUUUUGUUGUUCUCGUAGUUAGACGUCUCUGUAUUUCUUUUGUUUGUGUUGUGUCGCUGUUUUUGGCUUGGCUUUGGCAUGUUAGAAAGAGGAGUGUUUUUACUAGGUCAUGUACAGAGAAUGUUUACAUUGUGCGAGCAACAGACUCGUAGUUUUGUUUUUUGUAAAUUGGGAAAGAAGAACUGGAUUUUCAGUGGACUUUAACAUUUUGAGGGUGCUUCUCGGUUGGACUAGACCUGGCUGUUUCCAUAUUUCUUGUAAAUACCAACAAUACAUAAAUACACACUCAGACAUACACAUAUAUUGAAAAACAUUAAGUAGAUAUAUAUUGAGAUUUUUAUUGUUAUCGUUGAUGUUAUUAUUUUUGUUUUGAUGCAGCGGCAAGUUCUGCACGCACAUGUCUCAAGUGUUCUGUCAGUUCUGAGUAGAUUUUAAGCAGAGUAAACAUUAUUAUUAUCGUUAUUAAUAUUAUUCCAGCAAGAGUGGUAGUUCUGAACUGCUAGCUGGAAACUGGCUUGGCCACUGCAGAUAUGAGGAUGUUGCUCCCUCAAACAUGCAGAGAAAGUCAAAUUUCCCUCCCUUUAAGAAGGUUGUGAGGGAACGGUUAGCUUUUGUGUUGUUUAUUUAUUUGGUGGAAGGAGACUUCGUAUGUUCAUAGUAUGCCUCAGAUUAACGCAGACGUGCUCGUUACUAUACCCCCAUCCCUCCUCUUUUUCUGGGGGCCACGAUAUGAAACGUGCCGGCGUCGUUGACGUGAUUUGUUUUUCCUGAUAUGAGCUGCCUUCUUCACAAUGGUUAGGUGACUGCGUCGAAUUUGUCGCUAUGGAGAGGGUUCAUGGUUUUCGUU